AUGGCAGUCGAGGCCACUGCAAUUGUGAGCGCAGCCACGGAGAAUACAGGCCAGCAGCCACAAUGUCGCAGUGGUAGCAAGGGCCUUGAAGAUAAUCUCCGCAAACAACCGCCUGCGAAUGCCAAUGGAAUGCUGACGUAUCGAGGACACUGUCUAGGUAUUCGAAGUGAUAAUCAGCAACAUGUGAGCCAUAAUGGCGAAGCCAGUCCCGGCAUAUCAGCGGGAUUCCUGGAGCACGAGCGGUCUUGCUCGGCGUACCAGGAGACGACAGAGCGGAUCAAUGGCUUAGAAUCGAAUACUAUGCAUGCUGCGCUGAGUUCUGAUUCACGGAGCGGAACGGCCAUUCCAGCUGAUACCGCACAUCUCGACGACAUGGAUUUGCUGCAUGCGAGUAGUGCGGCCCCAAAUCUGACAAUGUCGCCCAAUAUUACCCUCAUCACAGAGAGCGUCAAGAACCAGGGCGUUCUCGGUGAAAAACGGACUCCUGACCCGGAUUCUUCUCCAUCGGACAUGAUUCUCAGUGAAAGCCGGGAAACGAGUCUAGUGGUGCGGAACAGCGAAGAUAACGAGGAUAUUCCAAGUUCACUUGGGGGCGAACAUUCAACCACUAACACAGCCCUCGGCUGUUCCCAAGACCCGUCACUAUCAUCGCGUGGUGAACAAAAUGGAGACUGUCUGGGUGAGAACAAUACAGUCACGGUCGUCAUACCUGCAGCGCGGCCUCCGAAGCCACACGCAAAAAGAUCAGCUAAACGCCCUUAUCGCAGGCGUCCUAAGAGGCAGACAUCCAGAACGGCUCCAUUCGACGAAGAGGACGAUUCUGACGACCCGGACGAUGAUGAUUACGUUGAACAAACACCGCAAGUCGAUGACCGGUACCGUCCCACGAAAAAACCGAGACAGCUCCCCGUCACAAACAGUGAUCGCUCUGAUGUGGGAGCUGCUGUCGGGUUCCAGCUAGGAGGUUUAUCACUUCCAGACUUGAGGACUGUUCAGCGAGGUGUCCUGACCUGCGAGUUCUUUCCGUCACAGAUUAUGUAUUCCUUCUCGUGGGCGGAGGACAGAGGGUGCUCUGAUGACUGUCCACCUAAUGAUGAUAACACGCUUAGCAAAGGAGACGGUCGAAGCGAAAUGAAUGGCAUACAGGGUUGGGACCUCGAUACUUCUUCGAAAGAUGUCGAAGAUGAGGCCACCGAAAAUAUAGAUGACAACCAACCGAAUAGUCGCUUGAACAGUCGAAAGCCAGGCUGUGGGGGAAAACGCAGGCGCAAGAAGGCGUGGACCGUCGAGGAAGACGCUCGCUUGAAGCUGCUGAAAGAAAAGGACAACCUGUCCUGGUCGCAAAUCCUGAAGCACUUCCCCAAUCGGACGGAGGGCGCGCUGCAGUUCCGAUACUCCAAGUAUAUCAAGAAUUCGACCUCGAGGCCGUCCGUUACACCUUCACAUGAUGUGACUGAUCGAAAUAUCACACUCCCAUCGUCGCCACAUUCAAGUUGUCAACAACAUGAGGAUCGUCCUUCCCAAUCUGCAACAGAGUUGACGCUCCGUUCGCGGUAUGGCCCGGCUCGGUGUCGACGAACUGUGGAGCGCUAUUCACCGUAG